GGGGCAGGACGUGGCCAGGGCCGGGCAUGGGCUGUGCGUGAGCCCCCCUGGCACUGCCAUGCACCCCGUGGGCGCUGGGGACAGCAGCUUCACCCGCGGGGCCCUGCAGGGCCAGACCCUGUCCCGCAGCCACUGCCGCAACAUCAGGCAGAAGAUCUCGCAGUGGGAGGGCAGGACGAGGGGCUGCCCCAGCAAGGACAGGCAGCAGCUCAAGGACUUCGGGGUGAAAUACGACCCCAGCUGCAAUAAUGCGCUGCCCAAAGUGAAGGCAGAAUGCGCUGAGAACGGCACGAGGGCUGGGGGUAAAGAUCCCAAGAGCCUGGGGUUGGAUUUUAGGGAAGAUGCACGGAGAUGCUGUGGUGGCCCAGCUUCCCCAGCCAAGGAGAAAGGAGAGGGACAAACAGGCUGCCUGAGCCCAGGGGUGGCGCUGCCCCCAGGGAACUUCUAUACCUCACAAGCUCUGUGGAGGAGAGCAGAUCCCCCUGUGCCUGGCAGAACCUCUCCUGUGGCCUCGGACCUCCAGAGGAAGCGAGGCAGCGCUGGCUCCGCGGAAAGGGAACUGCAAAUCAAAGGAGUGGACGCUCUCUGCAGGGCAGAGAGGAGCUUGAGGAACGUUUACUCUGAGGUUGAGGGGCAGGAGGAGGAGGAGGCAGCUCCUGAUCCACCUCCCAAACCCCGCAGGACUUUCCGCUACCUGGCAGAGAAGGGUGCUGGGGGUCGUAGAGCUGCCAGUGCCACCAGGGAAGGUCCCCAGCAAAAACAGUGUGGAAGGGACUUGGUGUCAUCCUCCAACAACCCUGAGAAGAAAAUAGCCAGCAGGAGGAUCAGAGGGAGAGCCCAGAGGAAAUCUUUUGAGUUUGAGGACAUCCAGGGCUUCCGCAGGCGGCCGGUGGGCGGCGGCUGCCACAGACCCCGGGAGGAGACCAAUGGCUCUGCAGGAUCCAGGCUGCUCUGCACUCAGUCUCAGGACAACAUCUACGAGGACAUUAUCUGUCCUACAAAAGAACAUCCCUAUGAGGAUAUCAGAGCACUGCCCUUGCCCCUGUGGAAGGUCCCAUCUGUGUGGAAGCUGCCCCCUCCCCGGAGCAUCAGCAGGGCUCCCAAGCCUCCCCCCAAACCUCCCUUCCUCAGCCGUAAGUCACUGGAGCUGAAGCCCACCCAGACAAAUUUCCACGGGAAGGUGGGGAAGGAAACCUCCCUGCCUGUCACUCUGUCUGAGUGGAAGCUGUUCCGAGCAGUGGAGGCUGCCAGCAGGAGAAAGAACCUGCCCUGGCUGGUACUGAAAAUACAGGAGAUCUUUGAUUCCAAGCGUGGAAAGAAGAAGGUGAAGCUGCUCAGUCCUGCUGGGAGAGAAGCAGCUCCAGUGAAAGGUGAAACCAGCGGCAAUGAAAGCGAUACGGAAAAUCAGCCCAAAAGUCGCCCCAGGUGCCUGAGGCGCUCGCCCUCCAAGAGGAACCCUCACUACCAGACCUUGGAGAGGGAUCUCAUCGAGCUCCAGGAGCAGAGGCUCUUCGAGCUCUUCGUGGUGGUGUCCCUGCACAAGAAGGCAUCUGAGGUCACCUACACACCACACAUCAUCCAGCAGUUCCCCAGCAAGCCUGAACAUCCCUUCAGACCAUCAAAGGACACUGAAGAGAGGCUAAAGGUCAUUCCCAAAUUCUGCUUUCCAGAUCCCAAAGACUGGUUCCCUUCAUCAGACCUUAAAAGUGAAACCUUUUCCUUCGUGCUGACGGGGGAGGACGGCAGCCGCUGGUUCGGGUACUGCAGGAAGCUCCUGCCAGAAGGGAAAGGGAAGCGCCUGCCCGAGGUGUACUGCAUCGUGAGCCGCCUGGGCUGCUUCAACCUCUUCUCCAAGAUCCUGGAUGAGGUGGAGAAGAGGAGGGAGAUGUCCCCAGCCCUGGUGCACCCCUUCAUGCGCAGCGUGAUGGAGGCGCCGUUCCCCGCCCCAGGCCGCACCAUCACCGUCAGGAGCUUCCUGCCAGGAGCAGGAGAUGAGGUAACACAGGUGAUGGAGCUGUGCCGCCCCUUGGACUCCAGGCUGGAGCACGUGGACUUUGAGUGCCUCUUGCAGUGUCUGAGCGUGUCCCACACCAUCCGGGUGUUUGCCUCCCUCCUGCUGGAAAGGAGGGUCAUCUUUGUGGCUGACAACUUAAGCACUCUGUCUAAAUGUGGGCACGCUGCAGUGGCAACCCUUUACCCCUUCACCUGGCAGCACACCUACAUCCCUGUCCUGCCAGCUUCCAUGAUCGACAUCGUGUGCUCUCCGACCCCGUUCCUCAUUGGCAUCCUCUCCUGCUCCCUGCCACAGCUCUGGGACCUGCCCAUAGAGGAGGUUCUGAUUGUUGAUCUUUGUGCUGACAAGUUCUUGCAAGAGGUAUCAGAUGAGGAUGAGAUCCUGCCCCACAAACUGCAGGCUGCACUUAUACAAAUCCUGGAAGAACGGAGUGAAAUCCUGUCACACGAGCAGAAUGACACACAAGGUGCCACGAGCCUGAACUCGCUGGUCUCGGAGGCUUUUGUGCAGUUCUUUGUGGAGAUCGUGGGGCACUACUCGCUGCACAUGAGCGUGACGGAGCAGGGCCAGCGCGUGUUCCAGCGCGAGCCCUUCCGCAAGAGCCACGGCUCGCGCACCGUGCGCCACUUCCUGCACUGCUUCAUGGAGACCCAGAUGUUCGCCGGCUUCAUCCAGGACCGCGAGCUCAGCAAGAGCCUGGCCAAAGGCCUUUUUGAGGUCCGUGCCUUGGAGUAUUUGGAGCGUAUUCCAGAGACGGAACGAACUGGAAUGAACAAAAUCCUUCGCAGUCUUGGCAGUAAAAUGAAGUUCCUCCAGAAGAAGUGACCGGGUGCUGCUGCGGGACAGCGGCGGAGGGGGAGCCACAGACCCUGCCUGGGACAGACUGAGCUGGGCCCCGGGAGGGCCAGGCUGGGCCAGGGGCUCCGAGCGUGCUGUGGGAACAACCGGCACAGGGAUUGAUAACAGCCCAUAGAUUGAUAACCAGUUCCAUGGAUCGAAAACAGCUCGUGGAUUGAAAACCAGUUCCCUGGACUGAUAACAACCAAUGGAUUGAUAACGAGUUCCAUGGAUCGAUAACAGCCCAUGGAUCAAUAUUGGGUUCCAUGGAUUGAUAACAGCCCAUGGAUCCAUUACCAGUUCCAUGGAUUGAUAACAGCUCAUGGAUCAAUAAUGAGUUUCAUGGACUGAUAACAGCUCAUGGAUCGAUAACCACUUCCAUAGACCGAUAAGCAUUUCCAUGGAUCAAUAACAGCUCAUCGAUCCAACCCUU